AUGGCCAGAAAGAAAAAUAAAGAUCAGGGCAGGAAAAAGAAAAUCAAUUUAGUAUUUGACGAGUCCAAACGAAAGGAGUUUUUGUGUGGAUUCCGCAAAAGAAAGUUGGAAAGAAAAAAAAAGGCACAAGAAGAACUGCAACGUAUGUUAAAAGAAGAGAAAAAACGAAUAAAACAAGAGAAUAAAGAAUCUUACAAAAAGCUGGUAGUCUCAAGCAGACCCAUACCAGACAUAGAACAACUACUCCAAGAAGAGUAUGAGGAUGAAGAUGUUAAUGUUAAAAUUGUUGAACUAUCAUCAGACACACUACAGAAGAGAGACUUAGUUAUAGGAGAAAAUAAAGCUACUGAAAUAAUUAAAAAAGAAAAAAUUAAGAAACAAGAAACAGUUAAAGAAUCUAUUCCAGGAAUGGGAUCUGAUGAGGAAAGUGCAGAAGAAGAAGAGUCCGACCAUGAAGAUGAUGAUAAAAAAAGUAAAACAAAAAAAGAAAUAAAACAAAUGCUGAAGAAACAGGCCACAAAGAAAAUACAGAAAAGCAAAGUAUUCCAGAUGAAAAGCAAACUGGAUAGAGUGCAAAAUAAAAAGAAAUCUUUGCAAAAGAAAGGAAGAAUGGCCAAAGCUGAUCCUCGAAAAGACAAAUCAAAGAAGAAAGGAGGAAGAAGAAAACACUGA